UGGCAGAAGCUAUUUUCUUCUAGAUCUCAUAUAGCACUGAAUAUUGAAUAAGCUACAUUAUCAAAUAUAUGGUAUGAAUACAACCUUUUCUUUCUUUGCCUUUUACUGGAUUUGUUGAAGUAAUCAGUAACCACCAUAUAUCAUUAAAACACCUUUGUCAUUACAGAUAAAAUAAUGGCAGCAAAGAACGACACAAGGACUGCCAUAAAAGUUACGCAGUUUCUUCCGAAGGUUUCUCAAAAGAUGUGGAAUUGAAUUCAGACUGGAAUAAGAGAGAAAAAAUGAUGGAGCAAAAGAAUAACAACUAACCUUAAAGGAAAAAGUCAGCAAAAUGUCGUUGCCACAGCAAGUCAGUGUCCCGUCAAUGUCUGUGGCUGUGACAGUUUCUGUGGCUGUCCCAGGCGUCCAUGUUUCAGUUCCAGCCAUCAACAUAGAGGAAAAGGAUGACCACAUGAAUGUUUACCUCUGGAAUAAGUCACAGCAGACACAAGAUACCAAAACCCAAGGAAGUGAUGGCAAAUAUGAAUGCAGUGUAUGUGGGAAGGCCUAUUCCCAGAGGAGCAGCUUUGAGUACCACAAGAAAACCCACAGUGGUGAAAAACCAUAUCACUGCAGCACUUGUGGGAAAUCGUUUCUCAACAAGAGCAGUUUAGUUGUACACAAUCGCAUUCACACAGGAGAGAGGCCAUUUAGGUGUGAUGACUGUGGCCGUGGAUUUACUCAACGCAGUAUGCUGACAGUCCAUCGAAGAAUUCACACAGGUGAGAGACCUUAUACAUGUUCAGAGUGUGGGAAAGCUUUUUACCAGAGUGAUCACCUUACAAAACAUAAAAGAAUACAUACAGGAGAAAAACCUUAUCUUUGUGGAGAAUGUGGAAUGGCUUUCUCAGAUAGCAGUGGAUUAAGACAGCAUGUGAAACGGCAUACAGAGAUGGGUCCAUGGCGAUGUGAGAAGUGUGAUAUAGUGUAUGAAAAACGUACACCUUAUGAUCUUCACAUGAUGCAGCACCGUGGAGAGAAGCCUCUUGAAUGUGAUGUUUGUGGUAAACUCUUUCAGUAUCGAUCUACUCUUGAUCUCCAUAGAAAAACACAUUUUAAAGAAAAGGUUUUUAAAUGUGAUGUUUGGUGA